UAAAAGGAUCACGCAUCGAGGCACUCGGACAACAAUGGCGUCUUCUCUCAGCCCAGCGUUUGCCUACACGGUUGUGUACGUGAAGGACGUCGCCAAAUCGGUGGCUUUCUAUGCCAAAGCCUUCGGCCACAAUGUUCGUCGCUUGGACGAAUCCCACAGAUGGGGGGAGCUGGAAAGCGGGCAGACGACGAUAGCGUUUACUCCGGUGCACCAACACGAGACCGACGGCCUAACCGGCGCGGUCCAGAUCCCUGAGUCCGGCAACAAGAGACAGCCAAUUGAGGUUUGCUUUGCGUACGCGGAUGUUGAUGCUGCCUACAAGAGGGCGGUGGAGAGCGGUGCAGUGCCGGUGAGCGAUCCGGAGACGAAAGAAUGGGGCCAGAAAGUUGGUUAUGUGCGUGACAUUGACGGGAUUGUGGUGAGGAUGGGAAGCCACGUGAACCCACCGAAACGAGACUGAGUGGAACCGAAAAAUAAAUCUAUGAGUUGUGAUGAUGAACACACUAAAGAAGUACUUCGAUAUUUAUUAUGAAUAAUCAGACCCACAAAGAAUUUUGUUUGUAAAAAGUUGUUGCUAAUUGUGUAAAAGUCGUCGCGAUGAUGAUGUGUUAUUGCAUGUCAUCGGCUGAUUGCUAAUAAAGUCGUCGCUCCAUAU